UAUCCUUCAAGCUCAGAGUCAGUUUGCUCGGUUACCGUACUCUUUUUGAGCGCAUAACGAAGAAAGUAAAAGGAGCACUAAGCCCUCUCUCUCUCUCUCUCUCUCUCUCUCCCUCUCGGCUUUUCUUUAUUUUCACUCAUUCCGCCAGAGUCUACGGCAUCAUUUUAGGUGAUCUCUCACAUUAUAUCUUAUUUUCUUUGGUAAUCUUUCUUUCUUCAGUCAGUGAUUGGCAAUUUUAAUAGUGCAUGAAACUCUUCAAGUUGGGUGCUUUCCGUUCUUUGCGAUUAAUUUGUGGAGAAUUGGUGUUUGGAGGGAUUUAGGAUGAUAUUUGCCAUAUUAUCUUGUAAAUUGCUAUGAUUUUGUCAAUUGGAGGACUAUGAACUAAAAGGGACUGCAUAGAAUUCAAUUGGCUGCAAUUUUUGAUGGGGGAAAGAAAAUUGAAUUUCAAUGCACCACUUCUGUCUGUGAGGCGAUUUGCUUCACCCUCAGGAUUUGAAGAUAGAAGAAAUAGGAAAAUAAUUGAGAAUCCUCAGCCCAACAGACAACUUACGCUUCCUUUUUAUCGAUCAGAAUUUGAUUUGGAGCAAGUAACAGAACCUGUUGCUGUUCCUUUUCGGUGGGAGAGGAUCCCAGGAAGAGCCAAGGAUAGCAGUGGACCUGGGCCUCAGCCUCCUGAGGAGGCCUCUGUUACUCCAAGGCUUCCUCCUGCAAGGUUUAUCAAUACUAUGAACACGCCUUUAGAAAAGGAAUGUUACAAUGCAGAUAGAUUAAGGUGUCAAGUUGAACCAAAUUCUUUAAAUGAAAAGGAAUGCUCCAAAGAGGGGAUAAAUGAGAAGGGGGAUUUGGAUUUGGAGGACAAUGACGACAUUUAUUCUGAUGCACAAGAUACCCUGUCUCCUACGGAUUCAUUCUCCAUGAACUACAGUGCAAGUGGUCUGAGUGGGUCAGAUGGUCCAGAUGUGAAGCCUUCCGGAACAUUCUCUACAGAUCCACAAACUCGAGAUUUUAUGAUGAGUCGUUUCUUACCUGCAGCCAGGGCAAUGGCUUUAGAACCACCUCAAUAUGCAUCAAGGAAACAAGGUGCUCCACCCGAGCAACCUAGAAAAGUUGAAAGAGUUGUUAGUGAGGAUAGGAGGCUUUUACUAUAUCAAAAUCGGUCUGACAUUAUACCACCCUCUGGCCAAAAUAAAGAGGAAGAACAAAGUGAAGAUGAAGACAAUGAGUAUGAUGAUCCUGGUUAUAACGAGCAACCUAGAAAAGUUGAAAGAGUGGUUAGUGAGGAUAGGAGGCUUUUACUAUAUCAAAAUCAGUCUGACAUAAUACCACUCUCUGGCCAAAAUAAAGAGGAAGAACAAAGUGAAGAUGAAGACAAUGAGUAUGAUGAUCCUGGUUAUAAUUCAGCUAAAGGUUGUGGGCUAUUCCCGCGAUUAUGCUUUAAGAAUUCUUUGUGCCUCUUAAGUCCAGUGCCAGGGAUGAAACUGAGGACUCUCACUCCUGUGCGUUCCACCCGUGACGUUGUAAGGCCAGGGAAAAUGGCUCAAUCUCACAGUCAAACUGCCCAAAAGCAUGCUUGGAAUGCUGUUGAUAAGUCCAAAUCUGACUUUGGAGUUCAAUCGGCUGAACUGCAUAAGGUUGAUAAAAAGCAUUUUAGUGAAUCCAGUAGGUUAACACGGUCUGGAGAACUGCAAACAACAGGUAGGUUAUCUCCGUACACACGUUCAUGGGGUGCUGGAGUAUCUCCCUACAGGAACAAAGCACCUCAGUCUCCCUUUUGUGGAUCAGUCAGUUUCCUUGGCAUGCCCAAAGAAGUUGAAAACGUCAAAGCCAACAGGUUUAGUCAGCAUACUGGAGGCAGCAACAAAAAUAAGAAAGAAUUAGGCUCAAUGAGCCCAGCCGUUGAGAAGACAUUGUAUGUAGACACUGUAAAUAAUGCAGAAAAAUCAUGUUCAAAUUCGAGCUCCUCAGUUACUCAGGGAUGGAUUAAUUCUGCUGGUGAGUGUCUGGACAUUUCAUCAGAGGGAAGGGGGUUGGAAGAAACUACUACUGCAGAAUCCGUUUACCAAGAUAUACAAUGCCUAAAUAUUUCAAAUGAAGGGAGCAUAUUAGACCCCUUCGUGUCGUUUGAUGCUGAUAUAUCUUAUGAGUCUAAAAUAUCACAUCCAAAAGGCCAAGAAGUCACGAUUGAGGGCUCUGGACAGAAUGAAGGAUUUCAUAGAAAAUCUAGCUUGGAAUGCUCAAAACCGACUACUGAAGGAAAUCUAAAUAUCAGCAGUGGUCAAAUUCAUAAAGCAGAUGAGACAGGAACUGCUGAUGCUAGUUUUGUACGGUCCCCUGCCCACCCUCCUUUGCCAAAGUCACCUUCUGAGUCUUGGCUUUGGCGUACGCUGCCUUCCGUUUCCGCGCGUUAUCCGAUUCUACCUUCAAAUCUUGGCACUCAAAUGGAUCUUAAAAGGGAGGAUCCUAAGACAUCGUCCACUAAUACCAAGUGGGAAACCAUUGUAAAAUCCUCCCAUUUGCAUCAUGAUCAUGUUCGUUAUUCUCAGGAAUUAAUUCUUCCUAUUUCUCAGCAACCCGAAAUUUAAUGCAGAGGCCUCCCUUAGAAGGCCUUAGGCCCCACAUUGGCUUGUUUGAUAAGUUCAGUUUUGAAAGUGCAAAAUAUAGUAUAUUUCUUCCUUCCUGUCUUUUCAUCGGAGAUUCUCCUAUACCUUGCUUCUUCUCAAGAUAAGUUAGGUGGGUGGAAUUUGGUUUGCUCAAUUCUUGUUUAAUUUUUUCCAGUUUACUGUUAUUAAUCCUUGUAAUGUAGCUGAGGCAAUAGGCAGAGCAGGCUAUCUUUAUAAUC